UUUGCAGCAGGAGAACGGCGGCUACUUUGGAUUUUGAUAUCUUUUUGCUGUUUUUGCAACUGUUACUUCAGUUAAGGACUACCGAACAGCUCUGGUGGGAGUUAGCGGUGGAAUUUUAAUGAAGGCAAAGUUUGUCUAAUGUCGGACUCACUGAAACAAAGGCAAAACUCUACUUUAGCCAUCGUUACAUUUGAAAGACGCCCAGAGCGGUAUUCAGUAUGCUGUGGUUAAGUCUGAUGCAGUGCGCUGUCAUUGUUGGUUGUCUCCAUUACUGCGUAAAAGGUUUCGUGCUGAGUGGAACCCAUCAUCUUCCUGUUGAGAACUACGAUUAUGAAUUAGUGCCCAACCGCCUCAACUGGAGUGCAACACUGCAGGUCUGCGCCCAGAAGUCUGGCGCUCUGGCCAGGGUCUCCAGUGACAUCGAGAACCGACAGCUGACCAAGUUUCUGCAGUCCCUCAACAUCACUCAGCCUGUCUGGAUAGCAGGCAAAGUCAUGACACAAAUAAAUGAUUUUCAGAUGGCCCCAGUGCAAUACUCCUUCAUUCUGCAGUUUUCGGCACACUCGGACCAGAAGUCGGCUCGCCUGCUGCGCACCUUCCCUCGUAUGAACGCGGUGACCAUAUGCUCCCAGGUCCUCUUUGAACUCGGUUGCCAUGGAGUUUCCACUGUGUUCUCUUAUUCCAUACACUCAUUCGCUAACGAGUUCCAGCUUCAGGCCCAGGUCCCGCCGUUGGAGGAGGGGGAGCCCCUCCAGUUCAAACUGCUGGUGCACGGCAAUGUGGCCUUACCGAAGGCGUCGCUCCAGAACGACGGGACCUGGCAUUCGGUGUGUGUGAGCUGGAGGUCCGGUGGAGGGACCUGGGAAAUCUGGACGGACGGGCUGCUCUUGGACCAGGGCCAAGGCCUCUACCCUGGCGAGGAAUUAGGUAGCGGCGGUGUCUUUAUUGUAGGCCAGGGGCAAGAAGGUAACGGCCAAGGAAAAAGGUUCCGGAGCGGAGAGGCCUUCUGUGGUAGUGUGACGCAGCUGCACGUUUGGGACCGGGCACUGGACGGACCUGAAAUCCUAACCAUGGAAAAAGACUGCUCACCCAUCUCCCCUGGCCUGCAUUAUAAGUGGAACGCCUCGCUCCUAGAAAUCGAGCCCUCUCUUAGGAAUUACUGGGGGAACUCCCCAUGUCAAGGGAACAGCAGCCUGCUCGCCAGCCAGAUGUUACUCCCUGAGUUGGACGCAAACUGGCAUUAUCAUAACUUCUCGUCACGUACUGUCCUCUUUCCCGACAGAGGGGCUUGUGUGACCCUAGAUCCACUGAGUGGCAGCUGGGGACUGGAUCGGUGCCAGACUCUCAAACAGGGCAUCUGCCAGGUUCCGAAAUCUGGGCUGGACACCUCUAGAUUUCCAAGGACUGAUUUGUUCUCAAAAGCGAUUGAGGAGAUUUACUUCAACUCGUCGGCGGCCACAGAUCUCUCCAGACUCGGUGACCUCAUUGGCGUGCUCCUCAGGGUCCUGGAGACCAGUCCCGGUGUGGUGAAGGCAAAAGAUGUGCUGCACCUCACUGAGAUGAUCGAGCGGGCUGCCUCCGCCCAGAUCUACUCUGCCAACGCCUCACGCGAGGCUGUCAUGUCCUUAACUACAGACUACUUGAGGCUUGCAAGCGAGAUGAUUGCCCCAGACAUGGCACUCAAGUGGAUGGACUCCUCUGAGCCUGAAACUUCCCCCAAGCCAUUUACUAUAAUACAAAGCAUCGACAAGCUGACGUGGGCACUAGCUGAUGUGCUAUGGGAAGAAGGGAAAAGUUUCACUCUUUCAACUAAAAACAUUGAUGUGCACUUGGAGCCACGCAAGUUAACUCAGAUGAGCUGUAGCUGUGUGUACAAGCCGUCUGCAUAUGGAAGCCAGAGCAGCAGCAGCCAGGAUGAGAUCCUCAUCCCCGACACAGAGGUGCAGAGACUCCAUGCUCUAGGCCACAGGAAUGUCAUGUUCAUCCAUGCCUACUACAGCCACCUCAAAGACCUUGAGGCUGAUGAGGACCAGUCUCCCUCAUCAGAAGACAUGAAAAUUGGUGAAAGCCCCCAAACUGGUCAUUUGUCCUCCGCGGUUAUCUCAGCCACUGUUCGAGAUGUCUCCAAAUCAGCGAACGUCCCCGUGUCUGUCCACUACACCCUGUCCGCCGCAGGCGUGGUGGAGUAUUCACGACUGGUCACACCCGUGUGCGUGUUCUGGAAUUUCAGCCUGAUGGCCGGUGGCCAGGCUUCCAGCUGGUCCAGUGAAGGCUGCUGGAUGACCCAGUCGGACUCUGCCGGCACAACGUGCUUCUGCAACCACACCACCAACUUUGCUGUCCUCAUGAAUUACUUGGAGGCAACGUGGAGCCCACAGGAGCAGAGUAUUUUGACUAAGCUGACAUUCAUCGGCUCUGGGGCUUCGCUCUGUGCACUGAUGGUGACCUUGAUGCUGUUUACUGUACUAGAUAUUCCCAAGUCUGACCGGACGUCUAUACACAAGAAUCUGUUCGUUGCUCUUACCUGUGCACAGGUAGUGCUUCUCUGCAGUGGCUCAGCCAUCAACAACAAGGUGGCCUGCACGCUGGUGGCGGCCCUUCUGCAUCUCUUCUUCAUGGCGGCCUUCAGCUGGAUGCUGGUGGAGGGCCUGCUGCUCUGGAGCAAAGUGGUGACGGUCAACCUGAGCGAGGACCGGCACAUGAAAUACUACUAUCUUAUUGGCUGGGGGCUACCGGUACUCAUUGUCACCAUCACACUGGCCUCGGCCUCCGGGCGGUACGCUGCAGACGGACACUGUUGGCUGAGUGUGCAGAAUGGGGUCAUCUGGGGCUUUGCCGGCCCCGUCAUCUUCAUCAUCAUGGUGAACAUCAUGGUGCUGGCUCGUGUGGUAGGGAUUACCAUCACCACGGCCAAGAGGAGAUCUCUGAUGAUGGCCGUCAACAGCAGUCCCAUGGAACAGGCCUACGAGCAGAGCCGGGCAGCCGUGAAAGCCGUGCUGGUGCUUCUGCCAAUCCUGGGCCUGACCUGGCUGUGUGGGGUGCUCGUGCCCUUCUCCAUAGUCAUGGCGUACAUUUUUGUGAUCCUCAACUCUCUGCAGGGUCUCUUCAUCUUCUUGAUCUAUGGGGUCUACAACACAGAGGUGAGUCUCCACUGACUCAAGGCUGAC